AUGGCCGUGCGAAAGGGCGAGCUCAUGACCGUGCAACGAGAUGUCGUUGACGUUUCUCCUGGCUAUCUACAAGCUUUCGCUGGAGAUGAAGUUCGUAUUCUCUACGUCGGAAGCGAAGAGAGACAGGACGAGAGUGGAUGGGUUUUUGGUGCAACAUCGAUGUGCCAAGGAUGGCUAAGCAUCCAGCAAUUGAAAGUAUGCGAUGACGGGCCAGAGGCUAUGGAGGAAAUAAAAGAAACAAAGGCAGCAGGCACGGCUUCCGAACGACGUGAAGUCGCCAAGCGAGGUGCACUUUCUGGUGGUGGUGGCUACCUGCGUAUUCGAAAGGGAGAGUUGUUAUGCAUCCAGCAUGAGGAAAACGAAUGGCUCUUUGGUUGGUCCGAAGAGCAGCAGAAGCGAGGUUGGUUUCCAUGUUUGGUCCUGACCAAACCAUCUCCUCCACCAGAAGAGGAAUGGGAAGCACUGCAAAACAGGCAGAAACCUUCGCUUGACAACCAGGCAACGAGUGCAGCCCCCAGUACGGAGACGUUGGCAGGUCCAGAAAGUUUACCCAGUUGGACGAUUGGGCGGAGAGCGCCAAAGAUACCAUGGAAUUAUGCGGUCAUGGACAACAAGCGAAGAUGCUUUUGUGGCUUCCUACGUGCUGGGAAGGGCGGGGUCGAUGCCGAGACUGCCAAGCAUUGGGCCAAGCUCGUGAAGGAUGGCAUUGACGACGCUGGUGGCUGGGACCGUCCCACGGGCAACAUGGGCCUGAUUUCCCGCGCAACGAAAUGGCUGGUCCGACCUGGUUGCAGCUGCUCCUACCAAUAUGGAGGAGCUGUGGUUAGGGCCACGCCGUUCCCAGACUUUAUGCACACGCUGAUGGAGGGAGUAAUGCCCAUGUGUGGAUUUACAAAGGAGGAUUCGGAUGACUGGCCUAACAGCUGCAACGUGAAUCUUUAUGCUGACGGCUCGGACCACUUGGACUGGCAUGCAGAUGACGAACCUUUGUUCGGUGGUCGUGAACGUGACUGUUGUAUCAUAUCCUUGUCGCUGGGACAGGAGAGGCCGUUUCAGUUGCGCCUGGAAGGCUGCACAGAUAAAGCUUUGCCGCUGUCCGUGACCCUACCCAGCACAGUUUCCUUGCGCCUUCCAGAAUUUAUCGCAGAUUGGCAGCUGCGCUCGGUGAGUAAAGCUUGGCACCGGGCCACGAUUCGAGCUUGCCUGCGGAGACAAGGCACAUGGACAACAACGGAACUGAUGCAGGUCUCGUGCUCCUACUUUGAAGGUGGCGGCGCUGAUUUCUUGGCCAGACGGCUCGUGUUUGGACCGCUGGAUGCAGACAACCCACUGAAAGGUGAUGCCCAGAUGAUUAUGAUUAAGGGCAAUACUGAGUGCCGAGAAGCUCCUGAAGAAGUUGUACAUUCAGAUGGCAGUUUUGUCUGUGAGAUGCUCGAAGAUGAGAAGGCAGUCCUCAAAAUCACUGUUCUGCGGAUGGGAGAGCGUGGAUUCCAGAAUGCUGAGGAGCACGUGGCUAAUCAAAUCCAUGAGUUCCCUUUGGGACGGGGUGCGCUUUGCACAAUGGAGGGGCGAACUCAGCAGUUCUACCAACACCGAGUGCCAAAGCGAGGAGGGUCAAGUGCUCCUCCACGCAUAAACCUGACAUGGCGUUGGAUUACCUCCCAUGACAAGCAUUGCCAGUUUCACAGGACCGCAUGA